AUGGCAGAGGUAGCAAGCGUUAUUGGUAUUCUCAAAACCGGCAAAGCUGUUCACGAUUUUAUGAAAACAAUAACCAAUCAGGAUCUAAACAUGAAAGUUGAGUGGCCAAAUCCACCGAAUAAAACCAUUCGAAUGACUUACGAAGAAACAUGGGCUCAAUGGUUCGGGCGUCAGGCUUCAAGGGCAGCUGGGGUCCCAGACAGUCCCUGUCCAGUUUACGCUGAAUACGCCGACUCGCCUCCAAAUAAGUUCAAAGUCAUUGAGAUCGUCUGCAACAAUAUUGACUUUCUUACACAAUUCGCGUCGAGAUACCAUGGAGACAAUUACGUCGACCAAAAAGAAGUUAUUAAUUAUUUGAAAUAUCAGGCACAAUGGUACGGAAAAGUGUCCAGCAUUGUGACGAUCUUUCGCGAAUAUGAAAGGUGCGUUAUCAUCGACAUAGGUGGCAUGUGUUCAACCCCAUCCUGUCAUAUUCGAGAAUACAAACUAACCUACACCCUGAAUUAG